AUGGCUAAAUUUCAGACCGUGCACAGAUGUUUUUUCAUUUUUAUAGCACUAGUUGCUUGCCAUGGUUCCUUUCUAGCACAUGGCAGGAAAAUAAAGUCAUUGAAUCAACAUUCUUCACCAAACACAAACACUGUAGCAAAUAAUAUUCCAUCACCUAAAACCUACGUUGAACCACCACAGUAUGAGGGAGCUAGCAAGUUGGAAGAGUCUUCAGGUGCAGACAACACAAAUGCUUUCCGACCCACUACACCAGGAGGGAGUCCUGGUGUUGGCCACGGAAUAAUUACAUCAGAAUAUCAUAAUAACAUGAAAUCAAUGGUGGCAGUUCAGAGUCCAGAUGUUGAAGUUUUUGUGACUGAGGGGUCCAAAUAUGAUUUCAAACCCACAGACCCAGGUCACAGCCCUGGCGUUGGUCAUGCUUACCUAACCAAAAUUGGACAGGAAAAUUAG